CGGUAGAGCGCUGGCUUUUCUUGUCUUCCUAGAAGAACACACGCAAGCUCUCAUAAUAAGUACAGAUGGUAGACUGUUGUAGUGGUAUGUAGAAAUUAUUGUCGUAUUCCUGAAACAUCACGCACUACUUCUGUAUUUCAGAAGAUAUUAUUGUUUGAGCUAGAAGCCCGGGGUGCGGUGCAAGAUGAAGCGGCGCGUAGCCCUCGGGCUUGGUCUUUCGUCCCAUGCGGUUGUUGGCGUGCUGUCAGAGGGGACCAUCCGCUCGCCAUUGGCGAAGGUCUUGGCCCUGUUGAAGAAGAUGCAAUCAGAAGUCGAGAAGGAUAUGGAGUCCGAUGCCGCAAUAAGUAAGAAGCUCCAGUGCUGGGCAGCAACAAACAGAAAAGAAAAGGAAGCGGCAAUAGCACUUGGGGAGUCAACAAUAAAAGAGACCGAAGCAAAAAUUAGCGACCUCACCGCACAAACGGCGUCACUGGAUGUAACAGUGAAGAAGCUGGCGAAAGGUACACGCCUCUACAUCACCUUCAUCUUGGUGAUGUUGUACAAACAACAUCAAACGCGGUGGUAAUAAAUGAGCAACAAGAACUUCUGCUGUAGCGCAGGAUUGCGCAUCCUCUUGACCACAUAAUUGGAGUCGCAGAGCAUUUUUUAAUAUGGGAACGACAAUCAAAACAUCUGGUCGUCUUUAGAAAAUUUAGAUUUUGUAUUCACGAGGAAUCUUGAUCUUCUUCAACACUCUGUCCUCCAGAUCUCGCCGAGGACGAAGAGCAGUUGAAGACAAUUGAGGAUAAGAGGGAAAAAGAUGCAGCCAAAUUCACGCAAUACCAGAAAGACACUAUUCAAGCCAUUCAACAGUUGACAGGCGCGCUUAUGGUCCUCAAAAAGCAUCAGGGAAAGCGAUUUCUCGAAGUUCGAAGAAUUUUGGAGAGGAACAGGUAGAAUCUUGUACUUCAGCUAUUAGUGCAGGUGGGUAUAGUGCAAUAACAAGAGGCUUGGCACGGCUCAAUUAUCAUGAUGAAAUUUUUCGCCAUCCAUUUGUUCUCGGUCAAGAACCACUUCUAGCUCAAAAAAUUUUUCUAUUAAUAACAGCGACUAUCUCCCGCAAUCCGACUUGCACGGGGCUUUGUCGUUGCUAGAUAGCGGACUCCCGGCUCAUGCAUCAGCUAGUGGCGAAAUUUACGGCAUCCUCUCUCAGAUGCAGGAAACGAUGCAAGCGGAGCUGAAGACCGCUCAAGCAGAAGAAGCUGAUGGCCUAGCGGCUUUCGAGAACCUCCGGAAGGCGAAGAGGGAAGAGAUCGCAGCGGGACGUUCGGAAUUGCACAAAAACAAGGAUUAUGAUAGUUGUUUUUACUAUUUGAGUGUCCGAAGAGAGUUACUGUGAAGGAGUUAGAAGAAGAGCAGGUGGGCAUGGCUUCUCAGAAGUACCUAGUUGGGAACGAGAAGUAGUGAGUGCUAGUAAAUAAAAUACAUCUACACGAUGCUGAUCUUCAUUUUCUCUCCCCACCAUCUAAGACGAGGCGCUAGCCAGAGGACUAGAGGAGCUUGCCCGAAGCAAGAAACUUUUGAAGGAAACGAAGGAUACAUUAGAAGCAGACAAGGUGUUUUUAGCGGACGUCAACGAACGCGCAGCGGCGGAUAAGAAGGUAUUAUGGAUUUGGUACUAGAUUGUCCCAUAGAUACCCCAUGUUAGGAUACCAGCAUCUGUGGAGAAGAAAGAAAACUCUAGUCCUCGAACGUGAAAUUUUCUAUUCUUCACAUGUUUCAUUUCGAACCCCACCAACAAUUCGGCGCCAAAAAUCCAGGAACUCGAAGCCCGAGUUGCAGCGCAAGCCGAGGAGAUGAAGGCCCUUCAGGCUACUGUUGACGUUUUGACCAGUGACGAAGCCAGGGAUCAAUUCAACAAGACUUUGAAGCCGACUUUCUUGCAGAUUUCUUCUCGAAAGCUAUCCUCUUUGAAGCAGAAAGCAGCACAGCUUCUUCGAUCGACCAUUAUGGAAAGGAUAAGGAAUUAUAGUUCUCGACUCAAUAUUUAAUUUGAGUUUGACUGAAGUAGAUCAAUAAGAAUUCUUCAAGGACCUUCAUGAUCCCCUUCUAAUCCGGAAUCCGGUGAGAAAUUUGUUGCAAUGCUGCAAGCCGCUAGUGGCACACAGCUCGCUGCGUUCGAGGAAGUGAAGAAGAAGAUCACUGAUCUCAUUGCUGAGUUGAAGAAGAAGAAGGGUGACGAAGUCAAGAAGCGUGAGUACUGCCUAGCAAGUUUUGAUGAAAACGACAAGGAAACGACGCAGACCAAGUACUUGGCUGAAGAUUUGACCGGCAAGCAGACGAACCUGGAGAACGCGAUUGAGACUCUGAUCAAGACGAUCGAAACUACGGAGAAGGAAAUCUCGGAUUUGCAGAUCGAGAUUGCGACAGCAACGGAGAACCGCAAAGACGAGAACAAGGAGUACCAGACGGUCUUUUCAGACCAGAAGAUCACGCAGAAGAUCCUGGUGCAAGCGAAGUCAAAGCUGAAGAUUAGGGCUGGUUUUGAAGAAGGAACAAGUAAAUCUAAAUUCUGCUCGCACAUCAUAGUAUAAACCAUCUUGCAGAAAUAGGACCCUGUUUGAAUCACUUUAGAUUCUUUAUAGAAAAUGAAAACCAUGCUGCUGUGUGCAUGAUAUGCUGAGUCCCUUUCUAAAUCUCGUUUCUACGAACCUGGUGAGCCUGCACUGUUGGAGACAUCGCAGCCAGGAGGCCCGGUCGGCCUCGAAGCUGGUGGUUACAAGAAGAAAAACGGCGUUGGCAUCAUUGGAAUGAUCGACGAGAUCAUCACGGAUAGUGAGGUACUACUUGAUUAGCAAUUGUAACUCGUACUCGCGCGAUCUACUUCUCUUAAACUCACUACAAGAACAAAGAAAUCUGAAGUUCGAACUUUUCUAAAGAAUCUAAAUCACCUUCAACAACUCCUGAUCAACUCACAGCAAACGAUCGGAGCUGCUCUUAUCGCGGAAAAGGAUGCUCAGGGCGCCUAUGAGAAGUUCAUCGCUGACUCUUCUAAAGAUUUGGCGGACCUAGAGGCUCAACUGAACAGUGCUCUCGAAAGUAAGGCCGAAUCCGAGGCCGAUCUUCACCAGACCAAGGCGGACAUCAAGGUAAUAUUUCUCUUGUUGAUCAUGUUGAGUUCUUUGCAGCGAAUUAUAUCGAGAUUGUCGAGGUUCUCUAGAUUUCGAACACGCCAUCUCAUGUUGAACUCUAGAGAUUUAGAGUCAAGAUUCAUCAACAUCAACUUCACUAUUAUGUCCGUUUCAACCAACUGCAGGCUGCCAUGGAAAGACUGGAAGAGCUUGCUGAGGCAUUAAAGGCUUUGCAUAUGGAAUGCGAUUUUACUGUGCAGAACUUCGAUCAGCGCCAAGCGGCAUUCACCCAAGAAGCGGAGGCAUUGGCUCAGGCUAUUGCGAUUCUGAGUGGAGCAUCGUAAUGCGGCUUUUGACCAGCGGAGAAGAGUUGAAGUUUUUGCCUCUGGGGAGUAGAAUGUAAAAGUAGUUCGGAUUUCAAGUGGAGAAGGAGCGUUGAUGUGGUUCUUGCUUCUCGUGGGGGGAGGAGGGGUGUGAAGAUGUACUGAAGGACAGAUGUAGUCCUCUGAAAUGCGGAUGUAUGCGCACAUUCUGAAACUAAAUGCACAGGCUUACCACAGAACUGAUCGAAAAUAUUGCUUUGACGUUGCUCAUGGAGUUGGAAAUUUAGAAAUUUUUGAUUCGUCGUUUUUCAUAUCGAGUACACACGCUAUUCAUCACAAACAUAUCGAAUGAAAUAAGCCGCUUGUUGUCAUGCGAUUACGAUAAAGACUUUCUCAGCUGAUUUUUGCUUUGGAUUCCGUUUAUAUUUUCUUACCAAUUCUUAUUCUUACGUAGCACCUUCCUAUAGAACAAGACCAACACCUUCUAAACUUCGUAUCUAUUCAACUAAAAACGUAGCACCAGGAAAGAUAUUUUUUUCUUUUUACAGUGUAGCAACUGUGAGAGCCAAGGACAAGGACAAGAAGCUUGGGAACUCCUAUCUGAUUGUGGUUUAUGUGAUUGUCGAUUGCAUGGACAGUGGAAUGUGAAAGCAAAGUUGUCAGCUGGAAAAGUGCAAAAGACGCACGGCAAUGAGAGUGGCAUCCAAUUUCAAGAACGUUGUCACACAUAAGAACCGAGAUUCGGACGAUAUAUGGCUGUGUCCCGAAACCAAUUCCUUGCGGCCACAGAGAGGCAGUCUGUGAAGCACC